CGUUCGGACAUAACUACGACCCCUUUCUCUUUGUUUCUAAAAGUUCAUCUUCUCUCCUACUUUUUUUUCUCUCUCUAAACCUAAACAAAACCACUGUUUCUCUCUCUCCCAACCACUAAACACUCCCCACGCGCCACGAACUCCUCCACACACACCACUUCCCCUCCACAUGGCGUCGGAGGCCGUCAAAUAUAUGCCGAUUCACGGCGCAACAACAACAACCGCCGCCGCAGCAGAAAUAAGAAGCUUCUUCUCCGCCGUGAAACCGAAAAAAACAUCAACUUUCGCUUACGCGUUUGUAAUCACCUUCGUCUCUUUCACUCUCUUCUUCGCCUUUAGUCCUUCUCCUAACUCGUCCUCUCCUUGGUUCUCCAACAUCUUCUCUUCUUCCUCCUUCUCCACCGCCGCCGCUUCUUCUUCGUCAAAAACCACUUCCGUCUCUUCGAUCUUCUCCUACAUAAUCCCCAAUGUCACUUCAACGAACCCCACCAAUAGAUCUAGCGACGCCGCGUCUAACACCACCGUCCCCGUCUCCGUUAACUCCACUUCUCCUUCCCCAAGUUUGAGUUCCGUCGUCAAAAACAGUACUUUGCAAGCACCGCCGCCGGAGAAUCGAACUCCGGUUGCUAAAAACGCGACCUCUGAAUCUCCGAUCGUAAACCGGACCAAACCGGUUGCAAAAACCAAUACUUCGCAACCUCUGCUUCCGACAAAAUCGAGUAAUCAGACACGGACAGCCGACGAAGCUCUGUCUCCGGCGAAAUCACCGCCCGUGUCGGUGGCGGAUCGGACGGUUAAUUCCACCUCAUCAACUCCUUCUAAACCGGGAAAGCAAACCGGUUCUGUUUCUUUAUUGGAACAAGAGAUCAAGAAAUGGAGUGAGUCUCUGAAAGACUGCGAGUUCUUCGACGGUGAAUGGAUCAUGGACGAUUCGUACCCGCUUUACAAACCCGGUUCGUGUAAUAUUAUCGACGAGCAGUUCAACUGUAUUUCAAACGGAAGACCCGACAAAGACUUCCAGAAACUGAAGUGGAAACCUAAGAAAUGUAGUUUACCGAGGUUAAAUGGAGGUAUUAUGCUGGAGAUGCUUAGAGGAAGAAGGCUAGUGUUCGUGGGGGAUUCUCUGAAUAGGAACAUGUGGGAGUCUCUGGUUUGUAUGCUUAAAGGAUCGGUUAAAGAUGAGAGUAAAGUCUAUGAAGCUAGUGGUAGACAUCAUUUUCGUGGGGAGGCUGAGUACUCUUUUGUCUUCCAGGAUUAUAAUUGCACGGUGGAGUUCUUUGUUUCACCGUUCUUGGUUCAAGAAAAUGAGAUUGUUGACAAGAAGGGAACAAAGAAGGAGACGCUAAGGCUUGAUUUGGUUGGGAAGUCUUCAGAGCAGUACAAAGGAGCUGAUAUUAUUGUCUUUAAUACCGGACAUUGGUGGACUCACGAGAAAACAUCCAAAGGGGAGGAUUAUUAUCAAGAAGGGAGCAAUGUGUAUCACGAGCUCGCUGUACAUGAAGCUUUCCGUAAAGCGUUGACCACAUGGGGUCGAUGGGUAGAGAAGAAUGUGAAUCCUAACAAGUCUCUUGUUUUCUUCCGGGGCUACUCCGCUUCGCAUUUCAGCGGUGGACAAUGGAACUCGGGAGGAGCUUGCGAUAGCGAGACGGAACCGAUCAAGAACGAGACGUACCUGACACCGUACCCGGAUAAAAUGAAGGUGCUGGAGAGAGUGUUGAAGGGUAUGAGAACGCCCGUCACGUAUCUUAACAUCACUAGAUUAACUGACUACAGAAAGGAUGGUCACCCGUCCGUGUACCGGAAGCAAAGCUUAUCGGAUAAAGAGAAGAAAACGCCGUUGCUGUACCAAGAUUGUAGCCACUGGUGCCUCCCUGGAGUUCCGGACUCUUGGAACGAGAUCCUAUAUGCUGAGCUGCUUGUCAAACUCAAUCAGCUUGGCCAAACACGACGGAAUCCUUAAAAAGGAAUAAUGUAAAUGUAAACGCAAGACUUUGCAUACGGAAGCAUGGAUUUGAGAGAUUGUCGACCACCGACAGUUCCGACAAGUACUUUACGUUUCGGAAAAUAAAAUAUAGGAUCUGAAGAGAGUGGGUUUGGUCACGACGUCUCACAUGGGAUGUUUGGACUUUUUUUUACUAGGAAGAAAGCUCGUUAAAAAGUCCAUUAAGUCUAAUGCUUUUAUGAGUUCAGUGCGAUUGGAUCCAACCUGGUGCAGUUGUUCUCCACGUGACUUCUUAUU